UUCCCCCUCCCCUCAUGAAUGUAAAAGUUCUGCGCAGUUUCUUCCUGUUUAGAAUUCUUUUAAAACCCAGGACAGAGUUUAUUUUUGACGCUGAAACCCCUCCUCGCCGGGGAACCCGGAAGCACAAACUCUGCCCAGUCUGUCAGACAACCGAAAGUGGAAACCGGUUUGGAAGCAGAGGAGAUGAGAGCCGGAGCGGACUGUGUUUGUGAGUAGACCCUGUGUCUGGGGGGGUGUUUGCAGAGCCCGGAGGGACAUCACUCGCCACCGCCGGCACUCGCUGCAUUAGUCGGCAGGAGGAGAGGCCAGUGACUGCACCGUCCACGGGUAUGUCGACCAGGAAGAGGAACCAGCUGAAGAUGAUCCUCCUGGGCAACUCUGGAGUGGGGAAGUCCUCCCUGAUGAACCAGUUUGUCAACAAGCGCUACACCAACCUGUACAGAGCGACAAUCGGGGCGGACUUUCUCACUCGGGACCUGACGGUCGAUGACAACCUCGUCACCGUGCAGGUGUGGGACACGGCGGGCACCGAGAGGUUCCAGUCCCUGGGCUCGAUCCUCUACAGGAACACGGACUGCUGCCUGCUGGUGUACGACGUGACCUCGGCUGAUUCCUUCAGGGCGCUGGAGGGCUGGAGGCAGGAGUUUGUGCUGCAGGGCUCGCCCCGGGACCCCGACACCUUCCCCUUCCUCGUUCUGGGGAACAAGACCGACCUGGACAACAGGGAGGUCAGCAGGAAGCUGGCAGAGGACUGGUGUCGAACCCACAAGAUGGAGCAUUUCGAGACCAGCGCCAAGGAGGCCCGCAACGUGGAGGAGGUGUUUCGGAGCGGUGUGCGCGCAACACUGAACCAGUUGAAAGGCAAGGACCGAUACGUGGAGCAUCCAGACCAGGUCCAGCUCCAAACGGGAAAGCCCAGCCGCGAGUGGUACUGUACCUGUUGAUCAUCCCCACUGGCUGGAUGCCCGGGCAUUGCCUGACUGGGACCGAGUCCCUGUGCACUGGGACGGCCCGCCUCCAGACCCCCCCGGAUCGGUUGGAGAGACCGCAGCUGCUGGAAAUCUGGCGAAGGGCCUCGGCCCGAAACAUCGACUGCCCAUCUCCCUACUUAGGGGCUGCCCAACCCUGCUGAGUUCCCCCAGCUCCUCACGAGUCCCUCCGGAUAAUCUGCUCGGUGUUCCCACUCGCGACAUUUUUGCUUUGGGUGUGAGGAGUCGGGUCCAGUCUACGUUCCUCUCCCAGUGCUCGGCUACAAUAAUUUUUCUCAGUGGGAGAUGCACGGACUUGCGCGGCAGAGAAACAGGCCCUUCAGCCCAUCACAUCCAUGCUGACCAUUGUAUUUACCAAUCCCAAUUACCUGCAUUAGAUCCACAGCCUUCGACUCGAUAUGGUAAUCACACCUCCAUGGUAUUGUAACAUCAUCAGAAGCACUUAAGACUAACAAGAACGAACUAUUAUUAAAAGUGGAGAGAGAAAACUAGUUCUGGUUGUAUGUACCUACGUUGGACUUAACGACAGGAGCUUUGUUUGUACGUAAGGGUAUCAGUGAGUCAGUUUGUAACCCAGGGUCAGCUCGUUGUGAGGGUCUCUGCCUGCACUUCCCCCUCAGGCAGUGCGUUCCAGAGUCCAACGACCUUUAUUGUGGAAAAAAUUCCCCCCUCCCAUCCCUUCCAUCUCUGACCCGUGCCGUCUUAGUCAUUCUCCUGUGUUCCAAGGAAUAAAGUCCCAGCCUGUCCAACCUCUCCCUGUUAGUAAUCCCUCAAAUCCUGGCAACAUCCCUGCGAAUCUCUUCGACACACUUUCCAGUUAAGUAACAUCUUUCCUAUAGCAGGGCCACUACCCUGGAUAAGUGUGAAGUGAUACACUUCGGGAGAUUGAAUUUGAAGUCAGAAUACAAGGUUAAUGGCAGGACUCUUAGCAGUGUGGAGGAACAGAGGGAUCUUGGGGUCCACGUCCAUAGAUGCCUCAAGGUUGCCGUGCAGGUCGAUAGGGUGGUUAAGAAGGCACAUGGUGUGUUGGCCUUCAUUAGUCGGGGUAUUGAGUUCAAGAGCCGUGAGGUGAUGUUGCAGCUGUAGAAAACUCUGGUUAGACCACACUUGGAGUAUUGUGUUCAGUUCUGGUCGCCUCAUUAUAGGAAGGAUGUGGAAGCUUCAGAGAGGGUGCAGAGAUUUAGCAGGAUGCUGCCUGGAUUGGAGAACAUGUUUUAUGAGGAUAGGUUGAGUGAGCUAGGGCUUUUCUCUUUGGAGAGGAGGAGGAUGAGAGGUGAGUUGAUAGAGGUGUACAAGAUGAUAAGAGGCAUAGAUCGAGUGGACUGUCAGAGACUUUUUCCCAGGGUGACAAUGGCUAACACGAGGGGGCAUAAUUUUAAGGUGAUUGGAGGAAGGUAUAAGGGGGAUGUCAGGGGUAAGUUUUUUUUACACAGAGAGCGGUGGGUGCGUGGAACACACUGCCGGCAGAGGUUGUGGGGGCAGAUAUAUUAGGGACAUUUAAGAGACUCUUAGAUAGACACAUGAAUGAUAGAAAAAUGGAGGGCUAUGUGGGAGGGAAGGGUUAGAUAGAUCUCAGAGCAGGAUAAAAUGUCGGCACAACAUUGUGGGCCAAAGGGCCUGUACUGUGCUGUAAUGUUCUAUGUAAAACUGAACACAAUACUAGAGAAACAAAGGACUGCAGAUGCUGAAAUCUGGAUGAAAAACACGACGAUGCUGGAGGAACUCAGCAGGCCAGGCAGCAUCCGUGGAGAAAAGCAGGCGGUCAACGUUUCUUUAAAGGUGAGAGGGGGGUAAGUUUAAAGGGGGUAAGUUUAGAGGGGAUGUGUGGGGCAAGUGGGAGGUGCUUGGAACACACUGCCAAGGGAACUGCUGGAAGCAGAUAUGAUAGAGGCGUAUGCAAUAGACGCACAAAUGUGCAGAGAAUGGAGGGAUAUGGAUGAUGUGCAGAUUGAAGGGAUUAGUUUAAUUUGGGAUCAUGCUGGGCAUUGUGGGCCGAAGGGCCUGUUCCUGUGCUGUACUGUUGUAAGUCGGAGCAGAACCUCCCUGCUCUUGUAUUCAAUUCCCUGACUAACGAAGGCCAGAAUCCCAUCUGCCUUCUUAACCAUGUUAUCCACCUUCAGAGAUCUUCAGACGUACACCAGGGUCCCUCUAUUCCUCAAUACUCCCGCCCACUCAUGGGUUAUAUCCAAGCCUCAUCAGUGCUCCCAAAGUGCAUCACCUCACAGUUAUCAGGAUUAAACUCCACCUGCUAUCUCUCACCCCAUUUCACCAACACACCAUCACCCUGUAGCCUGACCGCCUUAACUCCGGUCACCUGUGAAUUCACUGACCGCGCUGCCUGCACUCACAUCCAGAUCCCCGCACCGGCCCCGAGAUACACCACUAGUCACAGGCGUCCAGUCACUAAAACAACCCUCUGCCACCACCCUCUUGCCAAGCCAACUGUGGAGC